UGCGUCCUGCAGUGGAGACUGAUGGAGAAAGGGGGGAGCAGGGAGUAGAAAAAGGGAAAGAGCAGCCUAAACUGCAGAAGAUGGCUGAAGCCAAUACCCUCAGAGGCUUGCCCCGAUUCAGGCGUGCCACGGCCUCUUUUCCUGGAAAUCUUCACUUGGUUCUGGUGCUGAGGCCCAAAAGUCACGUCCAUACCACUGGGACUGACCUUGGUUUCCGCUUCAGCCAGGAUGACUUUACUUUCAAGAUGCCGGUGAUCAUGCUGAGUUCGGUGACUGAUCUACUCAGGUAUAUUGAUGAGAAUCAGUUGAGUUCUGAGUUUGGGGGGACUCUCGAAUGCUGCCCGAGCGACUGGAUUGUUCUCAGAACGGCCAUCGAGAGUUUUGCAGUAACUGUGAAAGAGGUGGCCCAGCUGCUGCAGACUUUCGGUACUGAGCUGACUGAGGCUGAGCUGCCAGACGAGGCCAGCACUAUUGAGUACCUGCUCAGGUCCCACACUGACCGCUACAGACAGAUGAAGGAUGACAUUCGGUCAGUGAUUAAAGAUGGAAGGCAGAUCCUAUCCAAUCUGGAGGGAGCUCGAGCUGCAGAGGGAGCAGCAAUGGAGGACAGAGACAUCAACCAGGACAGAGACACUGUACAGAGGCUUCUGGCCCAGCUAAGAGACAUGGAGGUGGCUUUUGACGGCUUUUUUGAGAAGCAUCACCUGAAGCUGCAGCAGUACCUCCAGUUGCUCCGAUAUGAGCAGAGCUUCCACGAGAUGGAGGCCCUGCUAGAGAAGCUGAGUGCAAGAGAGAAAGCUAUUCCUUCUUCAGGAGUGACUGUGGCCCAAACUGAGCAGCUUCUGAAGGACCUGGAGGAUCUGGACACCACAGCUGAGGAUGAGAUGGGUCACGCUCAGAUCAUUGUCUUGCAUGGUCACCAGCUGGCUGCGAGUCACCACUACGCCCUGGCUCUGAUUGUUCAGCGCUGUAACGAACUGCGGCAUCACUGCGACACUCUGACCACUGCUCUGCGCAUCAAACACACAGCACUUACAAACACACGCAACUUACUGCUGCGCCUGGAGGAGUUGGUUGGAUGGUGUGACCAGGGAGCAUAUCUGCUGGCCAAUCAACUGGUUGAUAAGUUCCAGUCCAAGGAUGGAGCUCAGGCAGCCCUGCGUGAUAUUGAUACACUACUGGACACAGCGCCCCCUGCUGUCCACUCCAGCCCUGACCUGCUGAUGCUGGAGUUCCAGACAGUACUUACCCCUCAGAUAGAGGCCCAGAUCACUGCAGUAAUGGAGAAACUGAGUGCGGUCCAGGCUAUGAUCCACAACAGACAGGUCUGUCUGCGUAAACUGGCUGAUGUUCAGGUCAGACCCAUCCAGCUGGUUUCCCCCCGGCCGGAGAGCCCAACACGCCUCAAGUCUCCACUUUUCUCCCCUAAACACAGUUUCGAUGUGAAUUCCAGUUUAAAGUUCUCCUUUGACCUCUCGCUCCCAGGCAAACGGGCCUCACGGAAAAACAACAACACAAAGAAGGUCAGAUAUAUUGAAGUGAUGCACGACUAUGAGGAAAACCGCAGCUGUGUCUUGUAUGAAGCGGAUGGUGUUGAUAACCCUGAUCAGCACAAACGGCAUGUGUUGAAAGAGCUGGUGGAGACGGAGAGGGUGUAUGUGGAGGAGCUACUGUCUGUGUUACUGGGGUACAGGGCUGAGAUGGAUAACCCUGCCAUUUCCCACAUCCUGCCCUCUGAACUGCACAACAAGAAGGAAGUUUUAUUUGGAAACCUGCCUGAGAUCUACAAAUUCCACAGCAGGUACAGAUACACAAACACAUGCGAACACACAAACACACACACACAGUGUAAGCUCAUGUUGCCUGUGAUAUUUAGGCUGUUUGUUCAGGACCUGGAGAGCUGCCUGGAGACUCCAGAGAGAGUGGGAGCGAGAUUCCUGGAGAGAAAGGAGAAUUUCCAGGUGUACGAGUGCUACUGCCAGAAUAAGCCACGUUCAGAAGCACUGUGGAGGCAGUGUUCGGAUUCACUAUUCUUCCAGAACUGUAAGAAAAAACUGGAACACAAACUUGACCUGGAUUCAUAUUUGCUCAAACCCAUUCAGCGUCUGACCAAGUACCAACUCCUUCUGAAGGAACUGCUUAGACACAGUACAGGCUCUCCAUACGUGGCAGAACUGCAGGGGGCGCUAAACACCAUGUUGGACCUCCUCAAGUCUGUCAAUGACUCUAUGCACCAGAUUGCCAUCACUGGCUAUGAGGGUGAGCUGAGUGACCUGGGCCGGGUGCUGAUGCAGGGCUCCUUCAGUGUGUGGAUGCGGAAGGGUGUGAUGCGAGUGAAGGACAUUGCGCGCUUCAAACCAAUGCAGAGGCAUCUGUUCCUGCAUGAAAGAGCACUCCUGUUUUGCAAGAGAAGAGAGGAGAACGGAGACCAAAUGUCCUACAGCUUCAAACACUGCCUGAGGAUGAGUGCCGUGGGAAUCACUGAGAGCAUUAAAGGAGACGUGAAGAAGUUUGAGAUCUGGUACAGUGGACGGGAGGAGGUGUAUGUGGUGCAGGCUCCUACGGUGGAGGUGAAGCAGGCAUGGCUAAGUGAGAUGAGAAAAAUCCUCACCAGCCAGCAGAAGAACCUUUCAGAAAACAGUUACUCCAGUGUGGAUCAGCCUCAAUAUCCUCCUUUAGCUGACAGUGUGGAGAGAAUGCCCGUCUGCAUGCCCUGGAGCUCCACCCACAUCGCUGGCUGCUCAGGUUGUUUUGAUCUCGUUCCUCACAGUAAGCUGCAGGGGGCGCCAGCGAGCUCAGAGGAGUCGGACCGCAGCAGUCCGGCCCUGACCGACCCGGUGGUAUUCUCUCCUCACCCACAGCAACACAACCGCCGCAGUUGGCCUGGCACCUCCAACUCUGUGGACAUCUGUGAAGGCCUUGAAGACUGGGCCACCGACCUGUCCUUUAUCUCAGACUCUGAUGAGGAGGAUGACAAUGCGGUGGUUCCUGGGAGGUACCGAGCGAUGGUUGACCACUUGAAGUGCGGCAAAGACGACCUCAUUAUAAAGCACGGAGACGUCAUUCAUGUUCUGCAGGAAAACACAGCAGGGCUCUGGCAAGUUAAAAACCUGACCCGAGGAGGAGAAGGAAGGCUUCCUGUUGAUACCCUGCUGAGAAUUCUGGGAAAUGUAGGCAGAAGUCAUGUGAUCAGCCCAGGAGGUGAGUUUGUGGCAAGGAAAAUCUGAAGAGCAGGAAACUCAGCACGUAGAGACGAUCAUCUGCAAGCGGAACAUAAAUAGAUACAUACAAGAGCCAUCGAACAAUCUGCAAUAACACUGUCCAACACCAAGAUUCUUCCCACACACACAUGCACACAGAUCAGUGAACAAGUAUGAGGAUUCAGAUAAGUUUGAUUUCCUCAUCUCAUAUUUAUUAUAAAGAGAACUGGAAGGGAUGAAGAACAGGAUGGUGAUCCAUUUUACAACCAUCAGCCUUUAUAAAGCACAACCGAUUUCAUCAUCAUCAUCAUCACCAGACAGACAUCGACAUUCUACACCAGACAACAUAACCUUAGUUUAAUAGCUAACACUACUGGUUCUUUCUUUCUCUGACAGAGUUCAGAAUUCUUCACAGUGGUGGUUAAUGGAACUAAGCUUAACCUCUAAAAGCCCCCUCACAGUUCUAUCAAAGGGUUAUGAACAGACUGUUUAAUUAACUGUUAAGAUAUUUGAAAGGUUCUUUAAAAUAAGACACGGUUUCACACCAAACACCACUCUGAAAGUGUUCAAACAGUUCACUUUUAAUCCCACAGUGCGAUGAUGUUGCCGAUGAUGAUGGAGGUUUAUUUUUCUUUAAUAAACCCUGAAUGUCUAAAUAUUUUUUACUGAUGUCAUAUGGGCUAAUUUUGGCCUUCUGCAGUACAGACGAUAUAUGACUGACUUUCUGUGCCAAAUUUGUACAUUUCAUCAUUCAUUUUCACUUUUUUGUAAUCAGUUUUUAUACUCCUGUUGGUGUUUCAUGCUCAUGUUUAAGCCACAAGACUACAAGGUUAGACAAAAUGAACAGUUUAGUUUUAUGCUUUGUGCUAUUUUUGUGCGUAAUGCGCGUAGCUGCAUUUUACAGACCUCACUCUUUUCAUUUACCAGCUGUGUGUGAAAGGAGUGCUCUAGUGUUUUCUAUCCUUAUGCUCGCUAUCUGUUGUACCUGAAGAGCAUGGUCGAUCUCCACAGACCUUCAUUUCUAAAUGCCCUGAAUUUAGAAGAGAGUAGAAGCACAAAAACACCACACUUUUAGAAGUCACAGGGCUGAUACAAAACUGGCUGAUCCCUGAAAUAAAAAAAAAAUGAAAUUUGUGCACCCUG